AUGGCUCAUCACUCCGUCCCCAGAACGACUGAGGUCGUUCCUGGGGCUCUCGUGAAUAUUGUCCUCAAAGCCGACCAGCGCACAGGCCGCCAAGUGCGGGGGACUGUCCGUGAUGUUCUGACGAGGGGUGAUCAUUACCGAGGCAUCAAGGUGCGCCUGGCAGAUGGACGGAUCGGACGUGUUCAGAGUCUAGCUUCGGGUACUGUCGAACCGUCUCCGCCUUUAAACGAGCAUAACACAUCCCCAGAAAAUGGCCCAACGCAGCUACUGCUGGAUAUGCAGGCACCUACUGCAGGUGGGAUGCCAUCAUCACGAGACCGCGGGCAGCAGCCUCGUUAUCGGGACGUCCGGCUCGAUGAGCCGCUUGAUACGGCGCCGGAGCAGAUCGAUCUUGCUGCAUAUAUCGUGCCCUCUAAACGCAAAGGCAAGGGCAAGGGCAAGAAGGGCCCUAGGGUUGAACCGACAGACACGUCAACAAGCAGUGACGCUCCCGCUCAGGAUACCGACCCAGAUGCAGCCGCCACGGACGUCACGACAGCAACAGCCAAGUGCCCUGUCUGUGGUGCUUUCGAAGGAGACGAAGCUGCUGUAGCUCAUCACGUCGCAGAGCACUUCGAAUAA